AUGAAAGAAACCAAGAAUCGCGUGGUAUUUUAUGAUCGAAUUCGAUUGUAUAACGAAUAUGGUGCAUUAGCAUUUUGGAUCUUUUAUAUAACAUUUAUGACUGGAGCAGCAGCUAUUUUCUGUCAUCUGUUCUCUCGUCAAGCUAUUGAUAAUUUCAUCAAAAAUGAAGAAAUUUCUCAAGAUAUUCCCUUUACUUGUGACCAAAAACUUUCUCGUUUUAAUAGAUCUGGUAUUCCCGAAGUUAAAGGGCCAUUUGUCCAUAUGGGUGCUAUUGUGGCAUCAUUAUUAACUAGAAUGACGUCUGCGUGUAGAUAUAAAGAAUUUUUUUCGAAUGAAGGACGUGAAAUCGAAAUGUUAUCUUCUGGUUGUGCUGUUGGAAUAGCUUGCACAUUUUCAGCACCUGCUGGAGCAGUUUUAUACGGUAUCGAAUCGACUUCAAAAUAUUUUGCAGUUAAAAAUUAUUGGCGUGCAUUUUUUGCAACAACAUGUAGCGCCUUGAUUUUUCGUUUUGCAAACGCAGCUAUAAUUCCGCCAGACAUUGCCGGUACAAUAACUGCUUAUUAUCAAACGAAUUUUCCAAAUGAAGUUUUCGUUGUCGAAGAAAUACCUCUUUUCGCAUUUAUUGGUGUACUGUCUGGAACAUUUGGUGCCUUUUUUGUGUUUUUACACCGGCGUAUCGUUUAUUUUCGAGCAAGAAAUCGAUGCUAUCGAGCGAUAUUCGGACAUAACCCCAUUGUGUUUACCAUCUUCAUGGCUGCUUUCGUUGGUUUAUUAACUUAUCCUGAGGGAAUAAGUAAAAAUUUCGCUGGUAAACUUACUUUCCGCGAGGCUCUUGUCGAUUUCUUAUACAACUGUACUUUUACUUUAUCAAAUAUCAGCGAGCGUAGCUGUUCAAUGAAUUUAAUGCAACACUGGGUUGGUGGAGCCGAAGGACAUUUAAAUCCAAUUGCGACAAUGACCAAUUAUUUUAUUAUUUAUUUCAUUUUGGUUGCGAUAUGCGUCUCUCUAGAAGUACCCGCUGGAAUAUUUGUUCCUUCAUUUGUUAUUGGUGCUUGUGGUGGACGUAUUAUUGGUGAAAUAAUGGCAAAAACAUAUCCAAAUGGUCUUCGUGGACCAAACGGGCCUCAAAUAUUUCCCGGUCUAUAUGCAGUUGUUGGAGCUGCUGCUUAUACAGGAUCGGUUACUCAUUCGCUGUCCAUAGCAGUGAUUGUGUGUGAGACAACGGGACAGCUAAGUCCUUUGCUUCCUGUUCUGAUUGCUUUGAUGAUUGGUAACGCUAUCAGCAGCUUUUUACAACCAUCAGUUUAUGAAAGUAUAAUCAAUAUUAAAAACUUGCCUCAUCUAGCCGAUCUUCCUCCUUCCAGAAUCAGUGUACAUACAGUCAAAGUUGAAAACAUAAUGGUAUAUGACGUUCAUUAUAUCACAAGGCAAACAACAUAUAAGGAACUGCGUGAAUUACUUGUUGCAACACCUAGUCUUCGAGCAUAUCCGGUAGUCACUGAUGAAAAAGCGAAAAUCUUGUUGGGAUCAGUAGCAAGAAAAUAUCUUACCGCUUUAUUUGUUCGAAAGAUGGGGCCAGAUUCAAUGGUGCUUUCUAAAGACAAAAGAAGAAGAAGUAAUCAUGCAUCUGAACUCUUCGCCUCUUUUCGAGGAGUUGCUUCAAAUAGUUUUCUCACUGAUCGACAUAUCAGUGGUAAUACUCUCCUUGCUCACAGUCCUCUGCAUGAAGUUCAACGUCCCAAUAGUCCAUUUGCUCCUCUACUUCGGCGUCAAACUGAUCCUGAAUUGCAACAAUAUCCGAUUUUCACCGCUCAACAACGAAUCAAUGAAUUGCAAAAAUGCCUGGAUCUUGAUGACAUAGCGAUUGAUCCCGCUCCUUUUCAAUUAGUCCUUGGAACCUCUCUUUACAAGGUGCAUACUUUAUUUUCACUUCUGGGCCUCAAUCAUGCAUAUGUGACAAAUAGAGGAAUGCUUGUAGGAGUCGUAUCCAUCAAAGAGGUAAAGAUAAAGUUGGGGAAUUUACAAGUUUUGAAACUUUAA